GUGCUGCGCCAAUGCCAGCCCGGAAUUCUUCGCCAAAUUCAUGCAUUUUUGCUUUUUUCCCAUGCAGGGCUGCAUCCAAGGAUGUCUGUCAAGCACCGGCCGCUCCUCUCGGCGCCUGGCGCGGCAACCGGUGAAGAUCGGGUCCACCGAUGCGGAGUGGAUCAUGUUGGAUCGCAAGGCCAGUGAUACCAGUAAAGUUGUGCUGUACCUGCCAGGCGGUGGUUUUGUUGCCAGAGACCACACUGCCGGCGUCUUCGCUUCGCGGGUGCUGCCACGCUUGGCGAGUAAGAUGCCGGUGGUGCCACCAAUACUGGUGCUGAACUACACACUGCCCAGCUCACCUUCAACGGUCAAGGAGGAAAUUGAGGCGACCUUGUCAUGGCUUCCGGGUCAAGGAUAUACUGAGAUCGUGGUGGUAGGAGAUUCUGCUGGUGGCUAUUUGGCAGUGCAGACCUUCCUGCAACAGACACACAAGAUCUGUGGCGCCGUGGGCAUUUGUCCGCCGUUAGACUUGACCUUUUCUGGAGACUCCUACGAGCGGAACACAAACAGUUGCUUUUUAACCAAGAGCUUUGUGGAGUAUGCACGCGCCGCAUAUCUGCAGCUGGAUCACCAGGAUGCUCAGAGCGUCUCCGAUGCAACGGCCAGGAUGCACAGCAUCACUCUAAACCCUCAGAAGUUGGCGCUGCUGAAGGAGCAUCCCAUGAUGUUGGUGGCUUGUGAGCAAGAUCUGAUGUACGACGAAGUGGGCACCUUUGCUGCCGCCGCUGCGCGUGCAGGAGCUUCCAAUGGGGUGCUGGUCUGCGACGUGCGCGGCGAGGCCAGCUUCCACAUCUCGCUGCUGAUGCCAGGCCUGGCAAAUCCUGCGCACCAACAGGCCAUGGAUCAGCACCUGGGACUGGUUGACUGGACCUUGGAGCUUUGGGAAAAAUGGAUUGGGAGCUACAUCUUUCAAGCUCUGACGC